UAAAAGAGUCAACUCCAAAUGGCAAAAUAAUGGAUCGGUUUGAGUGGAGUGACACAGAUUUAGUUCCUGGAGAAGAACGGGUGAACUUUCAAACAGGAAUAGCCAUUUAUGACGGACAUGACAAGACCAGUUUUGAAAAUGGAGCAUUGACACUAACUACUCACAGAGUUAUAUGGAAGGAUAGUAAGGACAGGACAAGAGUUUUAGCUUUGCAGCACAGUCUUGUGGUAUAUAUUGAAGAACAACCAUCAGGAUUUGCCAAGAGUGCUAAGAUUGUGGUUCAUGUAUCUGCACCUGGACCAGGGAAGAAGCCUGGCCCUGUUACAAGCAGUCGCUAUGACUACAUCAGGUUCUCCUUCAGAGAAGCAGGUGAAGGUCAGUUUUUUAGAGAUUAUAAUGAACAGCUGCAACAAAGGAAAUGGGAAAAUUUAUUACCAGCAAGAAACCCAGCAGCAAAGGCUCCUCGUCACAGAGCUGGGAUCAUGGGUAUAGAACAAACAAUUCAACAGUCUCAGGCAAACACAAACAAAAACAUCUCUCAAGCUUUCCAAGAUCUCACAAAGCUUAUGGAGAAGGCAAAGGAAAUGGUGACCCUUUCAAAAACCAUAGCAACAAAGAUCAAAGAUAAACAAGGGGACAUAACCGAUGAUGAGACAAUAAAAUUUAAGUCCUACUUGUUAAGUAUGGGUAUCCCAGAUCCUGUUACCAGGGAAACACAUGGAUCAGGUGACAAGUAUUACACAGAGCUGGCAAGACAGCUGUCCAGUGUACUGGAAAAACCACUCAAGGAGUUUGGUGGCAUCAUGACCCUUACAGAUGUUUACUGUAGAGUGAACAGGGCACGGGGAAUGGAGUUACUGUCACCAGAAGAUUUAUUAAAUGCUUGUGAGAUGUUAGAGAUUCUACGACUUCCUGUCAGACUGAAGACCUUUGAUAGUGGAGUGAUGGUGUUACAGUUACAAAGUCAUGAUGAAGAACAAGUUAUCCAUCUAACAACUCAACUGGUGGAGGAUAAAGGUUCACUCACUGCCGAAGACUUAUCCAAAGAAGUCGGUGUGUCAGUUAUUUUGGCCAAGGAAAGGUUACUUUUGACGGAGAAGGUCGGUGGUAUAUGCCGUGAUGAGUGUGUUGAAGGACUUAGAUUUUAUCCCAAUCUUUUCUUGACUAAAGUCACUUGAUGAUGGCCAGGAAAUAAAAAAAAAUAUUUCAACAUUGUAUUGUUAAAUUUAUUGUUUUCAUUUAGCUUGUACUGUAUUUGUAAAAUGUAUUUGCAUGUAAAACAGGACAUUAAAAAUAUAAAAUAAGCAA